ACCAGAAGUGACGUCAUAUCUGUUGACAGUGCAGGGAUGGGGAUCACAAAACUAGCAGAUUUGAUCCGACUGGAAGCUCCCGGUGCAAUUUCCCACAAGUAUAUUGGCGACUACACAGGCAAGGUAAUUGCCAUGGAUACAUCAAUUGUCAUAAACCAGUUCCGUACCGCAACACCAUCACUCAACCCGCUGACCGGUCUCCUCUUUCGGACGCUCACCUUACUGGAACAUGAUAUAAAGCCUGUGUUUGUGUUUGAUGGAAAACCCCCGGAAGAAAAGAUCCCUGCUCUUCAGAAACGAGCAGAGGCAGCAGGUUGGCGCUCCCCCAACCAUUUGGGCACAGCAUCACUUCAAACAAAAGACUGUUUCCAACUCCUGAAGCUGCUGGGUGUACCUGUGAUCCAGGCUCCAGGAGACGCUGAAGCCUUUUGCGCUUGGCUGGUGAAACGGGGGAGCGCGGAAGCUGUGGCAUCAGAAGACAUGGACACGUUGCCAUUUGGAGCGCAUGUUGUGAUUCGUCAUAUGAAUGCCAAAAAAGACAGUGACAUUGUGGAAUAUUCUUUACCGAAGUUGUUGGAGAAACUCCAACUAACUCACAAAGAGUUUGUCGACCUUUGCAUCUUGCUGGGAUGCGACUACUGCGACAAGAUAGUCGGCUUUGGUCCAAAGAGAGCGCUGAGUCUCAUCCAGAAGUACCGCACUAUCGAAAAUAUCGUUUUGCACAUCAACACAAAGACCCAUCCUGUACCAGAUAACUGGAAAUACAAAGAAGCGCAGAAGUUAUUUUUGGAAACACCAAACGCAGAAGUACCUGAGUUUAUGUGGACUGAACCUGACGAAGAAGCCUUGGUUGGGUUUCUCUGCCAGAGUACAUACGUCAGGGAGCAACGAGUCCGUCAUCGCAUGGAGAGAUUCCGACAGAUUCGGGAGAGUAAGCGGAAGGAAAGGGAGAAGACGACUGCAGCGGGACACUGCAGUCAAACUCGGAUGGAUGACUUUUUCAGAGUUCUUAGAAAGAGGGAGCAGCCUGCGGAAGCUGCUGACUGUGGAAGCAGCAAGAGAAAGAAACCAAAAUUGAAAUGAAGCCAUCAAACGUGAAUGGGAGUUGUUUGGACCUCUCGCUUCCUUUGCAGAACCAUCACAAUCGCGUGUCAACCAUUUGGUGUAGAUAUUUUGUUUUUUAUCUAAACAAAAGGUUGUGCCUCGUUUUAUAAUGUGAAAGUGACAUUUUGUUCCA